AUGGGAAGAAGCCAGAUGGACGACCUGCUUGCAAAUCAUGGCGGUCUGGAGCAAGAUGAGGCUCUAUUGGCUUCAAACAUCGUCCAUUCUACACAAAAGAUCGUAAUGCGAUCACAAACAGAUGGUCUCAAUGUCUCUGACCAAUCGUUCCUGGUAAAAUUGCCAGAAGCUCCGAAGUCAGAGGAAACAAGAACAACGGACGCCCUUCAAAAGGAUUCCGAAGAAGGCAUGCAGCCUCUUCAAAGCGAGGCUGAUUCCUCUUUGCAGAGCUUAGCAGUGGAAGCAGCCCAGAGCCACCUCGUAACAGUCCCAGCCCAGGCCGAUAGAAGCGAGCAUACCCCAGAAUCGCAGAGGCCGUUACUGACACUCAGCAUCCCGAAAACAAUGCCAAAGAAUACCCUUGUUGACUAUAAUGGAAGCCCCCGCAUCCGGAUCCAAUCAGAGAUAGAAAACGACAUUGGCUCAUCUGACUUGCCGAGUCGACCGCAUGCUAUCGGUAUAGCUGGUUCUAGCUCCAGUGAAUAUGACCGAGACUCUGAUUCAGAUUCUCUAGAUGACAGUCCCCGAACAUGGUCGAAAUACAAACGAGACAUGUUCAUGCAGUAUGGAAUUAGUCCUGAAGAGCUGACCCCGGGAGAGAAACUGAAGAAUCCGUUCAAAGAUUGUAUUAGGGUCGAUCUCAGCAAUGUGGGUCAGAUCGGCACAAUAGCUCCCCAAGAGGACACCGAGGACUUACCUGUCCAGAACCAUGAUCAGGCUGAUUUGCCACUGGUUUCUGAUAAUGGUAGUUUAAUUUCAGAAAAGAGAAUCCACGCUGUUGACCCAGAGGAGGCUUCGACGGUGAUAACGAGUUCUUCUCAAUACAUCAUUGAUGAAAUCCGAGCAAAGGUGGGCCAGAUCCACAGAGAUCCUUCUAGGCCAAAACCUAUGGAAGCGUCCGGCGCCGAAUCAUGUCCAAUGCUUGAACAUGGUGACUCUGAUCCCCUUGAAUGGAUCACUGCUCUGCAGAUCGCAGAGAGAAGUGCACACAGUGUAUUGCUAGAGACCAACCAGCAUCUAUCGAGCGAUCUCGCGGCGGAACAGAAUUCAAUUCGUCAGGUAUUGCAGAUCCUCCGACAAGGAUGUAAUCACAUUCUCGACGACUUGUUCAGGGCUCAGCAAGUGCGCAUGGAGCUGUACCGCCAACAAAUGUCCUCUGUCAAGGAACAGCACUCCCAGAUCUGCCAGGAAUUGAUUCGGGGGCUACAGGAGCUAGACCAUCGGGUGCAGCAGGAACCGUAG